AUUUACACCAGCGGCCUGCUGAUAGGCAUAAAUACUGGUUGUCAGGCUGCGAUGUCCGUCAGCACCACCAUCUUUAAUUCAUGUCCCCAGAGAUAAGCUCUGAGGAGAGAUUUCUUCCUCUGCCCGAUGGGCGUACCUUGGCAUACGAAGAAGCAGGAAAUCUAUCCAGCAAGAUAGUCGUUCUUUACAUGCAUGGCUUUUUCACUGUCGGGGAUGCGUCCCAGACAUCUGAUGUCUUUCUGAGCAAGAAUGUUCAUUUCAUUACGCCCACCCUGCCUGGAUGGGGCAACACGUCACCUCCUCCCCCGUCGAUACCAUACCGCGACUGCCUCACAAGCGACAUGACCGCGCUAUUGUCCCACAUACAUCCGGAUUCCAACGGCCGUGACAUCAAACUAUACCUUGCAGGGGGCUCGCUCGGUACAGCACCUGCACAGAUAUUGUAUGGUGCACCGUAUGACAAGUUCCCAUUCGGCCGGUGCAUAUCAGGCAUGUUGUUAUUGGGCGCUUUCAGCCCGUUUCGGUACCACAAAGAUUACGCCAAACACAUGACGUGGACGCUAUAUAUCCUACCUGGCCCCAUCGGGUAUUACAUACCAUUCAAUCUUCUCACUCAUCUGAUGAAAUUCGUGCUGGCGAGAAAGUUGGCAACCAUAGAAGGCGUAGAGGCAUCGUUGCGGGAAACUGUUUUUGAUAUCAUGGAUCAGGCGGAGCAGGAGGAGUUUGCGAAGUGGAGUGAGGAACGCGGGAUGGUACCAGAGGAUACGGUGCGGAAAAUGGCUAAGAAUGCCAUGAAGAGCAUCUCCAAGUCUUGGGCAGGCUUUAUGCUAAUGCCACCCCUUCUGCACUCGGAUUGGGGUUUCCGGCCUGACGCAUUGGACGAGGAACACUCUCGUCCGCCUAUCCUGCUUACAGCAAGCAAGGACGAUCACAUGUCACCGGUGGCUUACGCAUACUAUCUUGCUGCUAAUUAUAAGAAUGCGCGGAUCAAACACGUUGAUGGGGGGCAUAUGAGUAUUUCAUACCACAUGGAUGAGGUAUGGGCAGAGUUUCUAGUUGACGAGCAAUAGUCAAUUGUACCACAACACUGUUCACGAGACAUCUUCGAGAGGUUCUUCCAGAGGGGAUGGAGCCUCAUCGAGAAGUUAUCUACAUACAUAUGUGAGCUAACGUGAUCUUGACUGAAGCUGGUAUGUAAGUUACUAUGACACCUCUUAACGUACAUCAUUUUAUAGCCUCAUGUUACCCAUGAACCUGCCUCGUCU